CUAGCCUCUCAUCAUCGUCAUCGUCAUCGUCAAUUUGUCCUUCCAAGGCAGCACUCCUUUUCUCAGUGGAAAGCAAUUCGAAUCAAUCAGCGCCUCGAUACGCUAACUGUUUUCUAUAUGCGUUAGAUCUGAGAAUUCGCGUCUUCUUCUUCUUCUUCUUCUUCUUCUUCAGUACAUGCGGUGGUGAAGGACCCGGAUUUCUGGCGGCCAUGUCUGGGGCUGGAGAGGCCGUAGGGCAUGUCAAUUUCCCAGCAAUGACUGCAAAGGACCGGUCCGGAUGCUGCAAUCCGGUUAAGAAGCCCGGCCCGGUCUCCAUGGACCACGUGCUGGCAGCUCUCCAGGAGACUAAGGAAGAGAGGGACAUUAGAAUCCGGAGCCUCUUCAGUUUCUUCGAUUCCGACAAUGCUGGCUACUUGGAUUACGCCCAAAUCGAGAAGGGCUUGUCCUCUAUGCAAAUCCAGGCGGACUACAAGUUCGCCAAGGAGCUCCUGAGAGUGGUUGAUGCAAAUAAGGAUGGGAGAGUGGAUUAUCAGGAAUUCAGAAAGUAUAUGGAUGAUAAGGAGCUGGAAUUGUACAGGAUUUUCCAGGCUAUUGAUGUGGAACAUAGCGGCGGCAUUUUGCCGGAAGAGCUCUGGGAUGCUCUUGUAAAGGCUGGGAUUGAAAUUGACGAUGAUGAACUCGCAAGAUUUGUUGAGCAUGUUGACAAGGAUAAUGAUGGCGUUAUAACUUUUGAAGAAUGGAGGGAUUUUCUUCUUCUCUAUCCGCAUGAGGCUACCAUUGAAAAUAUUUACCGGUACUUGGAAAGGGUCUGUCUUGUAGAUAUUGGUGAACAAGCAGUGAUUCCUGAAGGCAUCAGCAAGCAUGUUCAUGCAUCUAAAUAUUUGAUUGCAGGAGGGGUUGCUGGAGCUGCUUCUCGUACAGCAACUGCACCCCUUGAUCGCCUUAAAGUGGUUUUACAAGUUCAGACUACACGUGCUUCCAUCAUGCCAGCAGUGAAAAGCAUAUGGAAAGAGGGUGGAAUUUUGGGAUUUUUUCGGGGCAAUGGAAUAAAUAUUUUGAAGGUUGCACCUGAGAGUGCCAUUAAAUUUUACACGUACGAAAUGUUAAAGAAUGCUAUUGGACAUGCCAAGGGACGGGAUCAGAGUGAUAUAGGAACUUCAGGACGACUUAUUGCUGGUGGAUUGGCAGGUGCAGUAGCACAAACUGCUAUAUAUCCAAUGGACCUUGUGAAAACAAGGUUACAAACAUAUGCUUGUGAAGGUGGGAAGGUCCCACACUUGGGAAAAUUGUCAAUAGAUAUAUGGCUUCGGGAGGGACCCCGGGCAUUUUACAGAGGACUUGUACCCUCUAUUCUUGGGAUUAUCCCUUACGCAGGCAUUGACUUAGCUGCCUAUGAGGCGUUGAAGAAUUUUUCAAAGACAUAUAUUCUCCAUGAUAGUGAACCUGGUCCUCUUGUGCAACUGGGCUCUGGGACAAUUUCAGGAGCUCUUGGAGCAACAUGCGUUUAUCCAUUGCAAGUUAUUAGAACUAGAAUGCAAGCUCAACCUAUGCAUACAAAUACUGCUUACAAAGGAAUGUUCGAUGUAUUCCUCAGAACAUUUCGACAUGAAGGAUUAAGGGGCUUCUACAAGGGGCUGUUCCCAAAUCUUCUUAAGGUUGUACCAGCAGCAAGCAUUACAUAUCUGGUUUAUGAAAGCAUGAAAAAGAGUUUAGAUCUUGAGUGAGUAGCUGAUACAAGGUUCUACAGGCAGCACAAUUUUUAUUAAAUGAGGUAAUUGGUGAUGAUGACGAAUAAAAUUCUUAAUCAAAUUGGAGAUUGGUGAUGUCUUUAUUGAAAUUUGAAGCCAAACACUUAAUUUUUAAUCUGUUUGGAUAGAUUGAGAGAUUGGAUGAAUCACUAUGUUCAUCACAUUGACUGACUAGUGUCUAUGGCUGUGACUAGUAUAGUACUAGUUCGUAUGCAAAAGAGAUGUGUUUCGAGUAAUAGGGAUAUCCUUGUACAAUUUUGCCUAGUUGUAUGCAAAACGAAAAUGUCAAAGUUGGGGAACCUUAAGAUUUUUGUUACAUUAAUAAUAAAUAUGCAGACAAGUUGAAGCUCUGCCACUCUUA